UCACUGUGAACGCUUCUUUCGAGUACUUUAUCCAGCCCUCCACCCAUCAUGAGAGCCACGUUCCAAGUUGCUCUCCUGCUAGCGUGCUGCAUUUGGGCCAUAAUCACUCAGGCUCAGAGUAGCAAUCAGGGUAACAGCAUUCACAGCAAUCCAGGUGAAAUAACUGGCAAUGAUGGAACUGGAAGGACCGAGCCAAUCCGUUUCAGCAACAAAGCCAAAGACGAUUGUGUAAUGGUCGUAUCGAGCCACCGGAACUUCACAAAACUGCGCGUUUCCUGUAAAAGCAAGGGCAAGUCGUAUUGGUGUGAUUACCUGGGCAAGCCAAACCUGUGCCGGGCCUACAGCAACAACCCACGCCGCUAUUUUACCCAGAUCAUGUGGGAGAUGCGCAAAUUACAGAAUUCCUGCCAGGGCCUCCGCGCAUAUAAAGCCCUCAUGUGCCGCUCUGCAACAGAUGAAGCACAGAUGGUCUUCCACGCAUCCUGGCCCAAAAUUCCGAAACAGCAGCAGCCUGGCAAGGCUGGCCCUACGCCCAAGUCGCCGAAGCCACAGCAGCCUGCAAAAGAAGGCUCCAAACUGGUUAAGAAUCCUGCUCUCAAACCUAUUCAGCCUCAGAAACCUGUUAAAACCACCACACAGAGCCCCACAGAGACACCCAACAAUUGGGCAGACAAAGUGGCAGAGGAGCACUGUUGGAAGAGCAUGCAGGGUGUCUGUUCCUUCUUCAUCAGCUGGUUCCAGUGAUAAGGAGCUUUCACAUGCAGAUCCACUGCAGUUUAGGGGACUUUUGGAUCAAAUUUGGAUGCAGCGUGCAAUAAAAUGACAAGCAGAAGAAGAUGGCCAUGAAGCAGAAAUUACUGUACUGCUAUGAUAUAUGAUAGAGAUCUACACCUGUUUAUAUAUCUACAGUAAAUUGUUACGAAACCUCUAAUCUUUUCUUACUUUUUUUUAUAUUGGAAAAGAAAAUGAUGUAAAUUUGUAAUAAAUCUACACUGAUCUUCUCAAAAGUGUGAUUUUUUUUAUGUUUUAAACUUUUUAUAUUGGGAAUUUUUUUUAGAAUGAAAUGUGUUACUAAUUAUGAACUGCAUUCUUCUUCCUCUUAUUAUUAUUAUUAUUAUUAUUAUUAUCACUUGGCAGUAACAUUUAUAAAGCCAAAGAGGCCUACAAUUUUACCAAAUCACAUUUAUUAUUACAUGUACGCAAAGCUCUAAAAGUGUGAAUCCACUACAAAGUAUUUGUAUUUCACUAGCUAGCAAAAUAAGACUACUCCCUUAAGACAUCUCCCUUAAUUCGUAUUUAUUAAACAAGAAUAUAUUACACAAAAACACAAAUUACUUUUAGAUGUUUAAGAAAUUCCAGUUGAAAUUAAAAUGUACAUCGCGACACAUCGCUUAAUUUUUUUUUUUGAAGAUGUCAUGAAUCCAUGUUUUCUGCACAAAACAAAACUAAUGCAUACCAGAGGUUAAUCUCACCCAUAGUAUUAAAAUGUAGGUUAAAAUAUAAGCCAAUCCAUACAAUACAGUACAUAAUUAAUAAUCUAUGUGCAUUUGUCCCAAAAAAAAUUGCACUGUUAAUAACAAUAAUUGUUAUUGUUCUAUUACUGCACUAUAUCCAGUAGGUGGCAGAAGAUGCUCACUGUACAUGCUGUACACUCCUACAUUUCUGUAGCAUAAAAGAGCCACCAUAGAAUAAAGUUGAAUAAAUAUUUCAUUCAUUAUUAUUUACACCCUUAUAUUAAAUAGUUAAAUGCUGUUGUAUGGGGUAGGGGAGGAAUUGGUUUAUCAGGGAAACAUGGGGCAGUGGGAAUGUGAAAGAAGAUGUGAAGAACAUGAAAGAAAUCUGUAAUGUUGGUCAGCAAUGUUUCUCUGCCAAGCCACCAGAGGGCACCCUCCUCUGAGUUUGAACACUCUUCCGUGCUUGUCAAUACCAUUUCCACAUAUGAACACUAGGCCAGGUGCGAAGCCUUGCCAACUGAUCUGCUUUCAAGUUCUGAGCCGUGUUACCUCUGACUAAUAUUCUGUGUAUGAUCUCUGGUUCGGUUCCUCUGUUUUGAAUCUGCCCCGACUGUGGUAAUACCUUGCCUUUGUAUAUGCUAACCCUUACAUUUGACUACAUUGUGCAUCUGCCCCUAGGAUUUGUAUUCCGUUUGUAUUUUCUGUGGAUGACCUUGGACUGUGUUUGGAUUGGAUUCUGGAUUUUGAUCAUUGUACUAAUAAACCUCGGAUCCCUCUGAGUCCUGAGUGUUACAGACUCUUCCAGGUGAUCUCGCCUUUUGGCAUCACAAGUCAGCCAUCUAAAAUAGCCAACCUAGCUAGCAAAUGUCUUAAAAGUAGAUUAUUUUGGACUUUUGACAAACCAAACGCAACAGCAUCACCAACGGUUGUAAGAAAUAUACACAGAAUGUUGUGAAGAAGAGAGCCUGGGGCUGAGUUCUUUCUAGCCCAGACUGUAGAUUCAUGCAGCCUAUCAAUGACAAUCAUGUCAGG